ACCAACUUCACAGCGCGCAUGCACCGACGACCUCACAAAACAUGAUAGGCAGCCUGUUGUAUUAUGCACUCUACCCGCUGUCACGGUACAUGGAAAGUCGACGUCUACACUCAGUGUGGAAUGGUGGUGCUAUCACAACCAGAAGUUUCACCCAGUCCCAAAAUAACAUGCUGGACCAUUGGCUCGGCCCAGGCAAUGGGACGAAAGGCCAAACGGAAGCAAAGAUGAAAGAACCAAGCCCAGAACAGGAAGACGACACAUGGCGGCUAAUGGCUGUCCUGCAUGGAACUAUAAAGAAUGAGGCUGGUUCAAAGAUGAGUGAGGGGGAAUCUGCAGUGAAGGAAAAAGAAGCAGAGACAAGAAAUGGACAGAUACAAGACGCAGUGGAAGCUCCUGAACAAGGGGGCGGUGAAAUAACUGUUCACUAUGAGGUGUUUAAUACGAAGCAAAACACAGAGGAUGGAAGUCUAUCUCCAACUGAGGAUCCUAAUCAAGACCAAGCCUCUGGGUUACAUUUAGCAUGUCUGCUAACAGAGGACAUCACUCAAGAAACCCCAAGUCCAGGGCAGGAAAAAUUAAAUAUCCCAAGUUUGGAAAAGCCAAUGCCUCCAGCUGAAGUUACUGAGUGCUGGGAUGAAUACUUGGAUCCAGUUGCUGUUGGGAAAGGUGGGGAAAGCAGUUUGGAGCUGAUAUGUUCCUUACUUCUCUCAAAUACUCAACCCUCAAAAGUCAGUAGGCAGCAUGGAACUCAAGCAGGCUGGCACUUUCCGGCAGGACCUGGCUUGGCAGAGGAAUUGCAGUGCCCACUGUGGCAAUUCCCUGCAAUAAGUUACUAUCCUCCAGUGGAUUCAACUGUGCCAUUUGAAGUAAUGUGGAGAGUAUGGGAGGAGGUAGAUGAGAGUGCCACUGCAGCAGAGCCCUUCCCAUUCACAAAGGCCUCAAUGGACUUUACUGUCAUGUCCUACAACAUCCUUGCUGAUGACCUGCUGCAGGCCCACCAAGUGCUGUACACACACUGCCCCCUGGAGGUGCUCGACUGGAGUUACCGCUGCAGCCUACUCCUGGAGGAAAUCCAGAAAUGGAAACCAGAUAUUCUGUGUCUCCAAGAAGUGCAGGAGAACCAUUACCAUGAACAACUGUAUCCAGCUCUGUCUCAGAUGGGCUACACCUGUGUUUACAAGCGCCGUACAGGGACAAAGACAGAUGGCUGCGCUACAUGCUAUCGUAGCAGUUGCUUCUCUGACAUAUCCGUCACCACGCUGGAGUUCUUCAGGCCCGGAAUUGAGCAGCUGGACCGGCACAAUGUGGGCAUUAUUGUGCUGCUUCAGCCAGUGGUCAUGCACGGGUCGGAGGUCAAGGCAAAGGGCUCACUGCUCUGUGUGGCCAACACCCACCUGCUGUUUAACCCUAGGAGGGGUGAUGUGAAGCUUGCUCAGCUGGCCAUAAUGCUGGCAGAAAUUGACAGCGUGGUCAAGUCCUGUGAGGCAAAAGGUGAACACUGUAACCUCAUAUUGUCUGGAGAUUUUAACUCCGUCCCUUCCAUGCCUCUGUACCAGCUGAUCACCACCGGAGAGCUCUACUUCCAGGGUCUACCUGCAUCGAUGAUAUCAGGUCAAGAGGAUCUGUCACACAGAGCCUAUGGUCACAGACUGUUUGCCCCCCUGUGGCCCAGCUCUCUAGGAAUCACUGACAGAUGCCAGUAUACUUCUGUAUACAAGGAGGUAUCAAAGAGAGAGAGCCAGAAAUCAGGAAAAGGUCAGUACAGCCAUGAUUUUAUGCGUCAGCUGCGCUUCUGUCCGGCUGCAUGUAUCCGUCCUCUGGACUUGCAGCUGAUCCCAGGCGUGACUGACAUCACAUCAGAGGCUUCAAGGGUAAAUCAGCCUGAUAAAAGUUUCAGCCACACUAUCAGCCACCGGUUAGACCUGGAGUCGGUCUACAAACACGUCCUUCCAGGAUUUGGCAAUCCAGAAGUCACAACCCUGCAUUCAGAAGGGGCAGCUACCGUCGACUACAUCUUCUACAGCCCGAGAUGCACCUCAGUCUGGGAUCAAAACGCUGGCGACUUUGCUAGUAAGGGUCUGAAGCUGAUUGCUUCUCUCUCUCUCUUAUCUGAGGAGGUCUUAUGGUCCAUGAAGGGCUUGCCCAAUCACAUAUUCCCCUCUGACCAUCUUAGUCUUCUGGCCAGAUUCCAGGUGGACCUGAAUGCUGCAUGAUAGAAGAAAGUGAGUCAACUCCGAUAGUCAAAGUCUGAGCAUAUUUCUCUUCACAAUGGGACAGAUCUUGCCUUGUACAAAUUUGUUUGUUUUUUUGUUCCUAUGAAUACCAAAACGUUUGGUUCCCUUAUGGCAUUAAAGGAAGUCUUCUUACUGAGAAGAAGUUAAUGUUUUUUUGUUUAAAAGAGCAUGACAAUAUAAUGGAGGCCGACAGUCAGUCUUGUCCCACAUUGUUUUCAUCAGAAAAUUGACUAAAAUAUGAAAAUUCGUAUUAAUGAUGCUGUAAAAGAAGUGAUUGCUUUAAUUAUUAUUACUAUAAAAAUACACUGACCUGU